CUGCCCUUCAAUGGGCCACUAUUGGAUAAGACCAAUGUGUCAUACACUUAGUUACGUAUAUAGUGUAUAUAUAUAUGUAUGUGAACAUUUACAUACAUAUGUAUACGUAUAUGUUUAUAUAUGCAACCUUCACUGUACUACUAAGAGCGCACACACUCCACUACGCUACAAAACAAAGCAUUUGCAAACCCUAGCUAAGCGGGAAUAUCUCCACGCCACCCCUCUGCCUGUUCUCUCUCUAGAUUUUUCAUAUCUGAAGUUUCUCUCUCUAGAUCUCGAAUAGCUUGGCAUUUUCCGGAGAAUGUAGGGUUUUUUUGUUUGCAACUAACUGCUUGAGCAUUUAUCAUACUUGAUCGGAGAUUUUAUCAGAGAUUCUAAGUGUUGCAUGAUCGUAGAGAUGGCUUCAGCUUGCGUUAACAACAUCGGAAUGUCGCCGGAAAAUUUCCUGGACUGUCCGGCGACGUACCCGUCGUACGGAUGGUUGAGUCCUCGUAUCUCUUUCAGCCGAGAAAUUGGCGAUGGAGAGCCGUCGAAGAUUGCCGGAUCGAAACCUCCUUGUCCAGCUGAAAAGGGUGUAGAUCCACCGGAGACAUCAGAUCCAGAAGUUUCCUUAGGUGAUUUCGAGUUCAGGCUCGAAGAUCCGGUCACUAUGCUCCCCGCCGACGAGCUAUUCUCCGACGGGAAGCUCGUGCCUCUGCAGCUCUCCGUGAUGCGUCCUGCAGUGAUGCCGGUGAGAUCCUCGGAGAUCAGAUCGCCGGAAACUGCGAAGUCUCGACGGAGAACAGACGUCUCCAACACUGAUCCAUACUUGUUCUCUCCCAAGGCACCGAGGUGUUCAAGUCGGUGGAAGGAGCUUCUUGGGUUGAAGAAGCUCUACCAGAACACGAAUGCCAAGCACGAGAGCCACAAAACGUCAUCGUCGCACAGCAAUCCCCCAAAAUCCCUAAAGCACUUUCUUCAUCGAAGCUCGAAAUCCUCCAACGCAGCAAUCGAUUCGUCUCUGAGCCUUCCGUUGCUCAAGGACACCGAUAGCGAGUCCGUUUCGAUCUCGUCUCGGUUAUCGCUGUCGUCGUCGUCCUCCGGUCACGAGCACGACGACCUUCCUCGGCUAUCACUCGAUUCGGAGAAGCACAAUCCAAAUCAGAACCCGAUUUUCAUCACAAAGAGCCAGACUCAAAACACUAGCUGUAAUCCUCCUAGAGUAAGAGUGGUGAAGCCGAGGGCAGUACCGUCCGAUAAUCCGACGGCGACGAGAAUGGGCCGGAGCCCAUUGCGCCGAGCACCGGAAUCGACUACCACCACCGGCCGAGGCGCGUCCGUCGAUAGCCCACGCAUGAACUCGUCGGGGAAGAUUGUGUUCCAGGGUCUGGAGAGGAGCUCAAGCAGUCCAAGUAGCUUCAAUGGAGGUCCAAGAUUCAAGCAUAGAGGAAUGGAGAGAUCGUAUUCAGCUAAUGUUAGGAUCACUCCUGUUCUCAACGUUCCGGUUUGUUCACUCCGAGGUUCAUCAAAGUCUGGUGUUUUUGGAUUUCCCCUCUUCUCCACGCCGCAGAAAAGGGAAGUUGGCGGCGGCGGCGGCGGCGGAGGAGGAGGAAGUAGAAAUCAUCAACAUAGUAAUAGCAGGAACCGCACGGAUCGAACUUGAUGCAAUCCAUAGUAGAGAGUUGGUAACAGGUUUUUAACAUUACUAGUGGUCCUUUGCUUUUGAAAGUUCUGUUAUGCGUUUUUUUGUCUUUUUGUUCAGGCAUUCUCACAUGACGAUUUAGAUGGUUUUGUAAAUAUGCGGGUCUACUUUUUCUUUUUUCUUUUUCUUUUUUCUUGUUAGUUAUGCAGCAGGAGCUAACCCUAAUGCUGAAAACCCAAUGUUAGAUCUUUUAGGGUUUGUUUGUUGGGGUUUUCAAUUCUCAUUUGUUUACCUGAAAUUGAAAAGAUAAGACAUGGAAUCAAUCUCUCUCUAUCGCUCUAUCUCUA